GCAGUGCUGUGAUACCCCCUCAGCCUUGCACCACCACCUUGUCUCUUUCCCUCUCCCGCUCAUUUCGCUCCCACACUUGCUCCCUCUUCACCGACCACUUUUGCAAAUAACCUAGGCCGACCGACGAUCGCUUCGAACACUUGCACACUUCACCUCGCCUGAAUUUGCAACUCAACCUCGCCUCGGCACAACAACCCACCAACCCCUCGUCUCCGACCAAAGUACUCCUCGCCUGUGUGUGUACAAUCUCCCAACCAACCCGACAUCCGCUGCCUCAUUCGGUCUGCCUACCUUACGGAUACGUUCUACGGAUACCUUGCCUCAUUACUUAUCAUCUCUCGAUCCGGACCGGGCCAUGAGUUCUCGGUAGCUUUCACGUCGCCGCUUUUACCCCAAGCAAGAAUGCUGAAUGCACAGCUUGGAGGGCUGCCAGGAUUAUAGCAGCAUUUCGAUACCGACAGAAAAAAAAAAUAAACUAGUCUUCGUCUACGGUUUCUCACAAUAACCUUCUCUUGAUCACCAUUUCUACAACCCGCUACCUCUUUUCGGGGGCAAACACCGUCUUGAACAUGGACGCUCAGAUUGAGAACGCCGUCGAGGCCGCGUUCAACGUCGGUAGCGACCAAAACCUCAAGCAACAAGCCUUCGACUACCUGAACCAGCUGCGAGCCGACCCCCAAGGCUGGCAGGUCUGCACCACCCUCUUCACCAGAUCACAGCGCCCUUCCGAGGUCGUCCGCCUCUUCUGCUUGGAAGUGGUUAAUUAUGCGAUUUACACACAAGGUCUCGACCGCAACAGCCUCUCGUGGCUAAAGGACAACCUCCUCGAAUACGUCCGCAACAUCUACGGCCAGAACCUGCAAGACCAGGUCGACCCCUCCCACCUGCAGAACAAGCUCUCGCAGACCCUUACUUACCUCUUCGUCUUCCUCUACAACGAUGGCUGGGAGUCCUUCAUCGACGACUUUUUGGCCAUUGCCAGCAGCCCUAAUAACACGGCCGGUGUCGUUCUCUACUUGCGAAUCAUUGGCUCUGUCCACGACGAAAUUGCCGACAUGCUAUUGACGCGCAACAGCAACGACGCGAAACGCAAUACCGACUUGAAGGAUCAGCUGCGAGAGCGUGACGUCCAGAAGAUUGCUCAGUCAUGGAAGGACUUGCUGGCGCAGUACUCGGGCCAGAGCGAUGUCAUUGUUGAGAUGAUUCUCAAGGUCAUUGGCAAAUGGAUCAGCUGGAUGGAUAUUUCCUUGAUUGUCAAUCAGGAAAUGCUCAACCUCUUGCUUCCUGUCGUUGGACGAACAAAUCGAUCUGGCAGCGAGGACAAGGUUCGGGACGCCGCCAUUGACACUCUCACCGAAAUUGUGGGCAAGAAGAUGAGGGGCCCUGAGAAGAUGGAACUGAUUUCGUUCCUCAACCUCCGCGAUAUCGUGGCUCAGCUCAUCGCCAGCGCCCCUCUGAGCGAGCUCAAGUCUACGCCCCAAUACGAUACCGAUCUUGCCGAGGCUGUCGCUAAGCUCGUUAACACCGUCAUGGCUGAUAUUGUGCGCGCGCUCGAGGACGGCCAGGCUAGCGAAGACACCAGAGCCAAGUCCGAGCAACAUCUUCACGAUUUCCUACCCUUCCUUCUCCGAUUCUUCUCUGACGAGUACGACGAGGUUUGCUCGACAGUCAUCCCCUCUCUGACCGACCUCCUUACCCUCCUGCGAAAGGUCGGCGCCAACCUGCCUGCUUCUUACAAGGAGAUGCUUCCUCCUAUUCUUAACGCCAUCAUUAUGAAGAUGCGCUACGACGAGACCUCUAACUGGGGCGACGAAGACGAACAAACGGAUGAGGCCGAGUUCCAGGAGCUGCGGAAGCGGUUGCAAGUUCUUCAAAAGACUGUUGCUGCUGUAGACCAAGAGCUUUACAUCGAUGUUCUCAGCAACCUCGUUUCACAGACCUUCACAACGCUUGACCAGCAAGGGUCCCAGAUGGACUGGAGAGAUUUGGACCUCGCACUCCACGAGAUGUAUCUGUUUGGCGAACUCGCGCUGCCUAACCAAGGACUGGGCACCAAGAGCCAGCCCUCAAGCACAGCAACAGAACGACUGACCAUCAUGGUGACCAAGAUGGUUGAGUCCGGAAUUGCAAACUUCCCCCACCCCGCGAUUCUGCUCCAGUACAUGGAGAUCUGUGUCCGGUACUGGCAAGUGUUUGAUGCCCGCCAAGAGUACAUCCCCCAAGUCCUCGAGAACUUUGUGCGGCUGGUUCACCACGACCACGUGCGCAUCAAGACACGAUCUUGGUACCUUUUCCAGAGAUUCGUCAAAUUUCUCAGAGCCCAGGUCGGCAAUGUGGCAGAAACUGUCAUCCAAUCCAUCAGUGACCUCCUGCCGAUUAAGGCUGAGGUAUCAGAGAGUAACGGAGACGAUGACAUGUCGUCAGACGAGUCUGAUCACUCUGCAGACGCCCUGUUCACAAGCCAGCUUUACUUGUUUGAGGCCAUUGGUUGCAUUGCGUCGACUGGAAGCACACCUGCAGACAAACAGGCAUACUAUGCCCGCCUUGUGUUGAAUCCUUUGUUCAGUGACAUGGAAUCCCAUCUGCCAAAGGCAAAGGCGAACGAUGCCCAGGCCAUUCUCCAAAUACAUCACAUCAUCCUGGCGCUUGGCCGCCUCGCCCAUGGCUUCUCUGACUGGCAGCCCGGCAGCACCUCAGUCCAGAACCGGCCUCCCCCGGACAAGCUUGUGUCUGAUGAAUUCUCGAGAGCCGCCGAAGCCAUCUUGAUUGCCCUGAGCGAGUUGAACAACUCCACCGACAUUCGCACUGCUUGCCGAGCAUCCUUCUCUAAGUUGCUGGGCGUCCUCGGAUCCGCUGUGCUGCCGCAGCUUCCUCAGUGGAUUGAAGGAUUCCUGUCCCAAAGCUCCUCCAAGGAUGAGAUGGCUAUUUUCCUACGACUCCUUGACCAGAUUGUCUUUGGCUUCAAAACGGAGAUUUAUAAUGUCUUGAAUAUGCUUCUCACUCCCCUGCUGCAGAGAAUCUUUGCCGGCCUGUCCGAACCAGUCACCGGUACAGACGACGAGAUCCAGCUUGGCGAGUUGCGGAGGGAAUACCUGUCCUUCCUGCUGGUUAUCCUGAACAACGAACUGCAGUCCGUUUUCAUCAGCGAGGCCAACCAGGGUUUCUUCGAGUCGCUCAUCAACUCUGUCAUUACCCUCGGCAGGACUCUCGUAGCAGAGAACAUUGGGCCCAGCCGGUUGGCCUUUAGCGUUUUGGCACGCAUGGUUGUCGUCUGGGGCGGACCCGACUGCGCAAAGAUUGCCGAGAACCCGGAGGCGCCCAGCGGUUCCCCGAAUCCGACCAUCCCGGGCUUCGACCGCUUCAUGAUUGACCGAUUCCACCCGCUCUGCUGGGAAGUCUUCCAGGACCCCAACUUUAGACCGCACAACGACGCGCAGAGUAAGCAGGUCCUCAAUGAGAUCGCCGGCCUCGAGCAGGCCAUCUACCUCAAGACGGGAGAGAUGUUUAUCCAGCACCUCCAGUCCUCCCUGUUCCCGCACUUGGGCAUCGACGGAUCUGACUUUUUGAGGUCCAUGUCGACCUCCACGGACAGGAAGGGAUUCUCGAGUUACCUACAGGGGCUUCUGAAGAGCCGCAGGUAGAUAGAGGGAGAUGGGGAGUGGUGUGUAAGGCAUGGAUGGCAAUGGUCAGAAGGGUGUGCAGUAGGAGGGGGCUUGGUAUGUUGCGGAAAACGCGUUAUUAAAAGCGUAUGAAUGGAAAGGGGGAGGGUUCAUUGGCAGGGGGUGGAAGGGCAAUUAGGAAUCUUCUCUCUCGCUCUUUCUCUCUUCCCUUCCUUCUCUUAUCUUGGCCACUUUUCUUUGUUUAACAUAUCCACUGGCCGCAUCGCCUUGGAGUUUUGAGGGAGGCAUUAGAAAUGAAACGAC